AACGGACUCGCCUUCAGUUGUGUGGAUUGGAGGAAAGACAACCAGCUGCCAUUAGUCCGAGUUAAUUAACGUGUCACACAGUUUCAGCAAGCGAAAAUAACACUGCUAUAGUCGCAGUCAUGGCCCAUUAUAGAGCCUCAGAAUCGAAGCGAGAGCAGUUUAGAAGAUAUCUUGAGAAGUCUGGAGUGCUCGACACUAUAACCAGCGUUUUAGUGGCACUUUAUGAGGAGACUGACAAACCUAGCAAUGCACUGGACUUCAUAAAGCUUCACCUCGGGGCGUCUGGUUCGGAGCCGGUGGACGCUGAGGCUCUUCGACUGGAGCUGGCUGAUCUACAGCAGAAGUUCAACCUGCUCAUGGAGGAGAACAAAGAGCUGAAGAACAGGCUGAUGCAGUACGAACCGUCACCAGAUGAAGGAGCAGCGGAGUAAAGAGGUUUUGUUGUUGCCUUUUGGGGUACAAAAAAAAAAAAAGUAAAUCAGAAAAACAUUUAAUGUGAGAAUUUUUUUGUAGAGUUUGUAAAUGUUUAUUACACGAUAUUGAGUGUACAGUGAACACAAAAUCACUGUUAGUUUUUGUUAUGUAUAUUGAGAAGAAACUUUAGUUUUCUCAUAAAUAAAAAUGUUUUCGCAGCA